CUCUAAUUGUGUUUUGAAAGUUUGAAUUCAUUUCGUAAAGCAUUUGAUUUGUCUGUAUAAUCGACUAAUUGCUAUGAAUUGUCAUCAUUUCAUUCAAAGACAAUAUGCCAUCAAAUCAUUCAUGUCUUGGUCUCAAACGAACACAUGUUUGAGUCGGUUAUUGUCCAGUUUGGCCACCAAUUCAAGUGAUGCCACUAACCAAUCGGUAUUUAUUAAAGCGAUUAUUGAUUUAAUUGAUAAAUGACUGAUCUAUUGGUUUGCAAAUUGGUUAAGAAGUCAUCGGAAGUGACCACAAGUGAGCCGACAGUACCGGAUAAGCUCUACAAGACGAUAGAGAUCGAGGCCCGCUGUGCCGACAGGGAAGUGCUUAACAGUUACGAAACAUUUGUAAAACUGACUGCAAAUGGUUUGGGGGUUACUAUCAGCCGGACUUGGGAACCGUUUCGUUACAUCUAUAGGCGAACUAUACUUCGGUCGGCAUUCGUGAAGAAGAAGUAUAGGGUUCAGUACGAAAUGAGGACUUAUUUCCGAAACGUUGAGUUCAAACACAUGACCGGAUCCACAGCAGACACUCUCCUCGAGUACAUCGAACGCAAUCUUCCCGAAGGAGUAGCUCUUAAGGUCUAUAAGACGGCGAUUGAACCGAUGCCCCAACACAUCACUCACACCACUCCUACGCCCGCUCUCGAGUCCACUCAACAAAACAUGACUUAAAUAGAAAUGUUUUCAUAAUUUAUACAAUUGUUUGGCCAUUGAUUUAGUCAUUGAUUUAGUUUUAGUUUAAUUUCAUAGCAUUUAUUGUAUUAAUAAAAGAUAAUUAGAGAC